AGGAGGGGGAGGGGGAGGGGAGGAGGAGGAGGAGGAGGAGAAGCAAGCACCUAUUUUUAGGGAGAUUCUUAGCUGCUCUCAGCACCCCUGGGGGCCGGUCCUGAGCCAGUCUGCCGGCGGGCCGGGCGAGAGCUGGUGCGCUUUCGGAUGCGCCCCUUUCCCGCCGGGAUCCCCCUCCCCCGCUCGCACCCCAACGCGGAGCGCAGGUGAGGCCGGGCAGCGCGCACGCACGCCGGCGCCGCCCCCGCGGGCAGGGUCCCGCCGUGUCCACCCGCGGUGGCCGGCCCCGGCCCUCCCUCCCCGCGUCCCUGGAAAGUGGAGGCUGCGCGCCCGCUCCCCCUCCUGCCGAGCCCCUUCGGCCCCUGCAGCCAGCCCCCGCCGGGGCCAUGAGCGCGGGGUCCGAGGCCAGCAGAGGGGAGGCAGGCGCCCGGAGCGGGGGACCCCCGGCGGCGGCGGCGGCGGCGGCGGCGGCUCGGAGGGGCCCUGCCCACCUGGGCCAGCAGCGCCGGCUCAAACAGGCCACACAGUUCCUGCACCAGGACUCCGCCGACCUGCUCCCCAUCGACAGUCUCAAGAGGCUGGGCACCUCCAAGGACCCGCAGCCCCGCAGUGUGAUCCAAAGACGCCUGGCAGAGGGAGACAAGAGCCGGCGCCAGGGCGAGUCUGCCUUGGUGCAGGCCCUGAUUCACGGCCAGGAGAGCAGAAGGGAGGCCAGCGAGACCCAGAUCCCAGCUCUGCUGGUCAGCUGCAAGUGCCGGGACCAGGUGCUCCGAGCGGCCGUGGACACGGGCACCCAACACAAUCAGAUCUCGACAGGAUGCCUCCGCCGGCUGGGGCUAGUGUCCCCGGCAGCCGGGCCGGCCCAGGUGCAACAGCUGGAGCUGCAGCUGGGCCAGGAGACGGUGUCGUGCUCGGCGCGGGUGGUGGACGCGGAGAGCCCUGAACUCUGCCUGGGCCUGCAGACUCUGCUGUCCCUCAAGUGCUGCAUCGACCUGGAGCGCGGCGUGCUGCGGCCAAGAGCCCCCUUCCCCGAGCUGCCCUUCCUGCCCGGGGACCAGGAGCCGGACCAGUGACUGCGGCUGGCCCCUCGGUCCACCGCCCGUGGCCACACUCCCCCCUGCUGCCCCCCACCCCGGGGAGUCUGCACCCAGCACCAGGUCCCCUCCCCAGCUUGCUCUCCGCGCAGGAAGGACCCAGAAGUGGCGGCUGUCCCCCGCCUGUCCCCCAUCUCCACCCCCUCAAAUGCCCGGCUCUCACAUCACCUCUUGGGGUCUCUGCACCCCCCCACAGCCACACCUCACCAGCGGGGGGGCCCUGGUCCUGCAAAGCCUAGGUGUGGGGUGAGGGGGGCAGGGUGAGCCCCCAGCCACUCGUGGGAUGAGCACGAGCAGCCCCUCUGCCCGGGGCUGCCAUGUCGGAAGCCAGUUCUGGGUGGGAGGGGUGGGGGGGUGGCCCUGUCCUGAAGCCGGCCCUCCCACGGUCCCUGCCCUGUGUCCACCCCCCACGCUGGGGGGCUGCGGGGAAGGCAGGAUGCUCAGGUCCCCACCCCACCCCAGCCCCACAAGUGUCUUCAUUCUAGAAGGCUCCGGCUCGGGGCCUCUCUUCCCUGCCACUCACCUCCGCGGCCCAGGGUGUGGGCCUGUCUGGAUUUGGACUCGGGGCUCUCUGCCGCCCCCUAGGGUCCGAGCAGAGAGACGCAGCCCCUCUGCAGCCUUGCCUGCGGAGAGAGGCAUGACCGUCCUCAGGAGCCAGACCCCGGGGGCCUACCCCGCCACUGUGAGGGAGCAGAGGGGGUGGCAGCACCCGGGGACUAAGUGGAACCAGGAGCCUUGGGCCGGGUGGAAGAGGAGCGAGAAGCUGACCCGAGGGCUGGAGAGAGAGUGCAGUGGGUAGGGCGCUGGUCUUGCACAGAGCCAACCUGGGUUUGACCCCGGCACCCAUAUGCCCCCCCAGCCCUGCCAGGAGUGACCCGGAGUGCAGAGCCAGGGCUAAGCCCGACCAACACUGGGGCCUUGCCCAGCUCGCUGGCUCCCCACCCGCACAAGGAAAGGGCUCCCUGGCCCCGGGGCCCAGCUGCCACUGCCUGCACCAUCACCUCCGCUGUCCUGGGUCUUACCCUCGGGCCCCUCUGCUUCCUGCCACUGUCACUGCAGUCCUGGGCCCUGGGCGGGCCCCCUCGGCCGCUCUCCACGGGAAUAAACGCCUCUGCUGCC